AUGUCAAGAAAGCAACAGUUCGCUAAAGACGCUUCGUCCUAUGACUCGCUAAUGCAACAGAGAGUUAGAUCAGGAGAUUCCAUUUCUACUAUACGCCCAGGUUUUCCGAAAGAAGAUGGUAUUGAAAGAUACACAAGAAAAAGUGAGUACGAAGGUGCCGGUAGCAGUUACAUGAGCAGAAGACAUGGAGAUAAGUUUGGAUUUUUAGAUAGAUGGAGAGGUAAGCAUGACUAA